GACGCCACAGUUACUCCAGGCAGUAACUGCACCGCGCCCCCAUCUCUGCUGCUGAUAGAGACCCGGUGUCUGUCUGCGGCAACCCCACACCUGCCAGCGGAAGGAGAGGCAGGGAUAAACAACGCAUUAAGCUGGGGUUUCUAAUUUACUCAAGCGGGUGGGGAAACGGCACUGGAAGUAACGGAAAACUCUUGCUAUCAUUUAGCGUUGAAUGUGUUGCUAUCACGCAACAGCUCGCAGAUGAAGUUAGCCAGCUAGCUAACGUGGAGUGCUGCUAGUUAUGGCUCUAGUUUUGAAAAUGUUCUGUUUGCCUUUACGUUGUAGCUAGUUUAGCGUGGAUGUAUGAAAUAUUUUCUUUGUCACCUUCAGUGCAGUGACCAUAAUGCUAGUUAUCGUACUAACAAAUUUAAGUAACUGUUACGUCUAAUCAUCUAAAACUACUAACCCAGCUAACAUUAGCCACUUAGCUAAGGGUGGUGCUAUACCACCUUAUUUGUGUUCUUAAUUGGAUAUUUUGCACUUUGUGUUGUGACUGUGAAUGAGAUUAUCACUGAACCUGAGUCAGAGGCCAAGUCUGUGUUUAAUUCGUGCUAUUUUACAUUUACACAUGCUGACUGUUGGACUUACUAACAGUUUGCUUAACUGACAGGAAACGUGACUUUACUAAGUUAGUCCAGAUAACACACAGGAUAAUCGUUAUUUCCUGUUUAACCUCCCGAAGUUGCAUGUGGAGGGGAAAAACAUCAGUACCGUACCCUUCCAGGCAUUUCCAAGUCAGACACUUCAACGUAGAGAGGGUUAAACUCAGCAUACUAUCAUCUGUGGCAGGAGAGCGGUGUCACUUAAUCCCAGCUCACAGAUUAUCCACAAGUAAGCAUGGCUCCUAAGAAAAGACCAGUGCCCUUAAACAUUACUCCUACUGGCGACGGAUUAUCCACAUCCACGAACACAGAAGUAGCAUCUGAGGCCAGUUUAGAAUCACUUAAGAAAAUAUUGGAAGAGCUGGACCUGGAUGAACAGCAGAAGAAAAGGCUAGAAGCUUUCCUCACCCAGAAGGCCAAGGUUGGCGAGUUGAAAGAUGAUGACUUCCAUCGUAUCUGUGAGCUGGGUGCAGGCAAUGGAGGCGUAGUCAACAAGGAGUGCCACAAACCUUCAGGCAUAAUCAUGGCCAGAAAGCUUAUUCACCUUGAAAUUAAACCUGCAAUCAGAAACCAGAUCAUCAGAGAGCUGCAGGUACUGCAUGAGUGCAAUUCUCCCUACAUUGUGGGUUUCUAUGGAGCUUUUUACAGCGAUGGAGAGAUCAGCAUCUGCAUGGAACACAUGGAUGGUGGAUCUCUGGACCAGGUGCUGAAAGAAGCAAGGAGGAUCCCUGAAGAGAUUCUAGGAAAAGUCAGCAUUGCUGUUUUGAGAGGCCUCGCCUAUCUAAGAGAAAAACACCAAAUCAUGCAUAGAGAUGUGAAACCCUCAAACAUACUGGUGAAUUCACGGGGUGAGAUCAAGUUGUGUGACUUCGGUGUGAGUGGGCAGCUCAUAGACUCUAUGGCAAAUUCCUUUGUUGGGACAAGAUCGUACAUGUCGCCUGAGAGACUACAGGGAACCCACUAUUCUGUGCAGUCAGAUGUCUGGAGUAUGGGCUUGUCCCUCGUAGAGUUGUCAAUCGGACGCUACCCCAUCCCUCCUCCGGAUGCUAAAGAACUGGAAGCCAUAUUUGGUCGGCCCAUCAUGGAUGAUACAGAAGGAGAGACACACAGCACUUCACCUAGACCCAGACCACCGGGUAGACCUGUCAGCGGUCACGGUCCUGUAAUGGCCAUCUUUGAACUGCUAGAUUACAUAGUCAAUGAGCCUCCACCUAAACUACCCCACGGCGUAUUCACCUGUGAUUUUCAGGAUUUUGUGACAAAGUGUCUCAUUAAAAAUCCAGCAGACAGGGCUGACUUGAAAAUGCUGAUGAACCAUACAUUUAUCAAGCGGUCUGAGGCGGAGGAGGUGGACUUUGCUGGCUGGCUUUGUAGAACAAUGGGGCUAAACCAACCCAGCACUCCCACACGCACCGCAGACUGACAACCCAGUCUACUAACGCACACAGUAUGUACAAACAUGAAGAAGCUGCUGCCUAAAACCAUACACUCGGAUAUACUGUAUACGACUUGUUUGCCACAACCUCCCUCACUAAACCUUUAAAGGCUCCACGUCAAAAUCGGCUCUGUUGUGUUUUUUCGCCAACAGAUCACAAUCACGGGAAAAUAUUUACACUUGGCAUUCUUUGUGGAAAGUCAGUCCGUUGGGAUUUUGUUUAAUCAUAAUGUUUUCUUCUUAAAUCAAUUACAUCAUAAUUCCUCUAAAUGUUUGUUGGCAGUGUGGACAACAGAAAUCAUUACCAAUUUGUGUUAAGUUUAGAUAAGGAUUUGGGGCCGUUACAUCACUGACCUUGUCUUGGCCACUGCUGCACUAUUUUGUGUAGCUGUUUUGUUCCUUCAUACUGUGUAAAUCUGGAAAAGAUAUCUCUGAAAAGAAAAUCAAACUUAUUAAAUAUUUGUAAUGUAAUGUCUUUUUUUUUCUUUUUGCUUUUCAGUUUUCUUGUCUGAAUUUCUGUUAUUACAAUCAUAGACAUCUGUAUGCAUCCGCAGAUUAAUGCAGAUAUGAAUUAGUUUUUUAUCUGACACGCAAACAUGGAGAGAAAUGUAAGAAUUAACUUAUUUCACUGAACAGGUUGGUUUAUGUGUGUUAAAAGGAAAUGAUUGUGUGUAGGAAGUGUCUUGCGUUUGACUGAUUUCAAUGAAUGUUGAGAUAUCUUGAGGUGAAGCACAAUGUUGAAAACAUUCUAGCAUGACCCUCAUGGCAAAGCCAAAAAUUAUUUUUAAAAAAACUACAACCUUAACUCUCUGCUCCCUCUGUUUCUUGGAGUUAUUUCUUAAUAACUUCAAACGGCACCAUAAUUUUAUUCUGCUUUUAUUAGCAUCAGAUUAGCCAUGUAGAAACAGAUGCUGCCUUUGGGAAUCCCUGAAAUUCACCCCUGGACAUUACCUACUAUAACAAGUCCACUUUGAUCUCUCAAAGAAGCUGCAUUGCGGCUCGCUGAGAAGCGUCGGCUGAAACAAAUGGUCAAUUUUUUUGUAUGCGCUCUGUAAUGAAAUCGACAGGACAUGGAUUUACCAUGUGCGUCCUGUGUUAGGGCAUUUUGCUCCUUUGUGUUGUCUUUUUGUGUACUUCCUCCUGUCACAUUGGUUGAAAGAUAUAGAUGUUUUAUAUGGUAAAAUCCCGAAAGGCUUUGUCUUUAUAAAAUCAUAAAGGUCAAUAAAUGGUAUGUAUUGUA